AUGUCUGACUUCCACAACCGGAGCCAAACCAGCGCACGUCGCAGUGACUACGUGUGGCAGUAUGAAUAUUAUGACGACGAGGAGCCCGUGUCUUUUGAGGGACUCAAAGCGCACAGAUACUCCAUCGUCAUUGGCUUCUGGGUCGGACUGGCUGUGUUUGUCAUUUUCAUGUUCUUUGUCCUCACACUGCUCACAAAGACAGGAGCGCCACAUCAAGAAAACCCAGACUCUGCUGAAAAGCGUCAUCGACCAGGGAGCUGUCUGGUAGACAUCAGUGGUUCCCAGGAGGAAAACGACAAAGCCUUUUCUCGCCCAUUGCUAGCGGAGUCCCACUCAUAUUUUCAUUUCUAUAUCAACGAGGAGGAUAAGGGCGAGGGGAAGCAAAAACCAGAGGCGAAAAGUGUUGCAAAGCACUGCGGGGCCGGAGCCCAGCAGGCAACCUGCAAGGGACCCAGAGGCAGCAGCUCCUCAGGGAUGAAUGAUACGGAAGCGGACACUGAGGAAGCCGGGGGCCACCGACCUCUCAACGGACUAAUAGAGGAGAGUAAGACAGACAGAGAGUGUGCCUUCCUGUCUCACUUCAACAUCCCAAACUUUGUGAACUUGGAGCACAGUUCAGCACUGGGAGAGGAUGAUCUGCCGUACGAACCGUCCAUCAUACUGGAGCGCCGGUCUCACUCUCAGGAUGCUCACUGUGACAUCCACUAA